AUGGGUAAGGCUGUACGUGAGGGUCGCUGCGCGCAGGUCGUGGAGGCGUUCGUACUGGCCAUAACCGCCUCGUGGGUCACAUACUUAUUUCACAAGAUCCACGAGGAUCCAAGGAGGGAGUCGCUAUUGGUGGAACAACAGCUGCUGCAGGCGUCACGCGCACUCGUGGUUGUGCUGUUGCUAGGAUUAUCCGCCUUCUUGUGGUCUAUGCUCAGGCCGCAGGUUUUAUCCAAAGCUUGUAAAAAAACGUCGUGCAGACAAGAGCGCGAUGCUGGACUUGUCGUGGGCUGCAUACAGCUGCCUCUGGCUCUUUUUAGCCGACUGCUGGUAGAGGUUUACCACGACGGCUAUUUCUCAAGCUUCACGUACUUUUACGCGUGGACUAGUACUUCGAUUGGUGUCAGUGUGUUGCUCAAACUUGCAGUGUUUGGCACAGUGACUUCGUUUCGUGUCUCUACCCUCGUGGAUGUGGUGCUGUUACCGAUUGUGUUCAGGAUAUUCAGUCCAAUUGAAGCUGAGUGGAGGUUUUUGCUAGCUACUUGCGGACGCGUCACUGUAGCUGCCGUGCUGGCUGUUGGUCUGAAACUUCUGCCCCGGUCGUUUACUAUCGGGGAAGCGCUGCUCGUUGUUCAAGGUGUUGGUCUGUGCUUUUGCGACCUCGUGCUGACUACGAUAACUAGACUAAGUGAAUGCCAUUUCAUCAACUUACCACCGGAAGUCCUUCGUCCGUGGCUCAUUUUCGAUAUCGAGCGGCUGGACCACGUGCUGGCCAUGCAAGUUGGAAUGCUGGGGUCGCUGCUAGUAUGCGUAGCUUUGAUUCCGCUGUUGCAAUCGUACGGAUCUCCGUCGCCCACUCUCGUUGCACAGCCGUUGCAUGUGAAAGGAAGUGUGGGCGUUGUACUCACAACUACAGUGGUGGCCUGCGGCGUGGUAUAUCCGUGGAGCUGUUUCUUGCUGCAGACGUGGAAUCCGUUUGCAUGGCUGCUUGACUUCCUCAAUGAGCCUAGCAGCUUGUCUGUCUUCGUACCACCACGAUUCGCAUUGAUGGGAUACUGGGCGUUUUGUCUCGUCGUUUUUGUCCCGCUGUUCACGUUGAUCUCGAGCCACUAUGAUUUACGGAACAUAGUUGCACGAAAGCUGUUCCACCUGUUGGUGGUACUGAUGCUCGGCCCCGCAUCGCUUCUCGAUGCUCACAUGCUGUCUUUGAGCUAUGGUGUGGCUCUUGGCAUUUUCUUUCUCCUGGAAUGCGUGCGCGCACUGGCAUUGCCGCCCUUCGGUCAGUCACUUGCCUUGUUUUUGCGGACGUUUAUCGAUCAUCGCGAAGCUGGACGUGUCAUCCUGACGCACUCCUAUCUGCUCCUGGGAAGUGCAUUGCCACUGUGGCUUGCUCCGUCUUCCAGUAAAUCUUCUGCGCUCGUUAUGAAUGCUGGAGUACUUGCACUGGGUACUGGAGAUGCGAUGGGGGCCGUGGUCGGUUCGAGUAUUGGUAAGCGUAAAUUCUUCGGGAGCAAGACAGUGGAGGGUUCAAUGGCCAUGUUCGUUUCGAUGAUGCUUGCUUCGAUGCCGCUUCACGAUUACCAUAUACGCUCGUUGGUUUACGGGGAGCACGUUCAGUUAACGCUGCUGACUGCAGCAAUCCUUUUGGUCAGCGUACUAGAGGCCGCAACAGCGCAAAUCGACAACUUGGUACUCCCGCUCUAUUUUUAUACAGCGUGCAAUUUGGUGAGUUGUCACCGCUCGUGA